GAACUAGCUGGUGGAAAUGGUAUUAUCGGAGGUGAUUCAGCCCAUCCGUAAAGUUACGCCCACACACACCACAGAUGAGACUGAGGCAAACACAAAGAGCAUAUCUGCAAAAGAACAUGUGAUUGAAAGCUUUGUGCAGAGUACGUCGUGCCAGCAACUAACCUACAAGCGACAAUCAACACGCUGCGAACGAAAGAACCACUAACCAAACCGAUAAGACGAAAGGACGACGAACGCACGAGGCGAGCCAACAAUACGGGACGAUGUGUGGACCAGUGCCAAAGCACAACGAACGCGAAAGGAUUUUUGAAAAGGCAAAAUCAGCGCCAAGAUAUUUUUGAAAUAGUCAUAAAGGACAACUAACGGCGUGUUGACGCGCAUACCGCAACCGUACCGUGAAUGUACAUAACUGUGUAAUUGUGUGAAACAGCAGCGCGACGCUCGUGUAAACAUAACGGAUUAACAAUUCAUACGAAUUUUGUGUUGAAUGCCGAACGAUGGCUUAUAAUAAAAAUAAUAAUAAGUAGGCGCAGAAUGAAGCAAUGAGUGCUAUGAGUGAUUUAUCCGAUGGCAUCAAUACCGCCUUUGACGGCAAAGCAAAGCCUGAGGCGAAAAGUCCAAAGUGUCAAACUGAACAAAAGUUGUAAUAAUUGCAAUUUGUUUGAGCGAAGCACUGAGAAGUUGAGAAGGGAUAAGAAUGAAAUGAAUGGCAUUAUGCAUUUGAUAUGCGAUUGUUAAUGUGGAUUUAUUUCAAAAGCUGGUAAUUGACAGCGAUGCGCUGAAGAUUAAACAGAAUUAAUUGCUAGUAAAUAUAAAUAUGGUGAAAAUAUCAAAAUAUGUAGUGGAAAAUAUGAUUGUUUAACUGAAUUCGCGAUUGCGAAAGAAAUGUGACUAACACAAUCCAGGAAAAUUAUCUCAAAUGCACAAAAAAGCUUGCUGAUAUAUAUAUCUUUUUUUUAAUAAUUAAUACGUUUGGAGAACAUAUAUUUUAAGUACCGUGCAAAUAUGAAAUCAUUAAAAAAUAUUAAAAUAAUUUAAAAUAAAUAAAAGCAAAUACACAAUAAUAAUAAAUUGACAAAUAAAAACAAUGUUUUGUGAAUUCCAGCUAUUAGUUUUUUAUUAAUGCUAAUAUUUACAUUAGUGCGAAAAGUGAACCACACGCACAAUGCAAAAUAAAAAGACACAGAGAGUUUUGGGUUGAAGGCUCCUACAUACUUUCAAAGAUGUGAGGUGAAGAAGUGUUUUCACAGCUGCAUGAAGUCGCAAUGAAUACCAAAAUAAAUACAACAACGCAGUGUAAUUAGUGCAAGCGUAAAGACCGGGGGCUGUUGAAAAUGCUUGCCACUGGAAAAUCCUUAAUAAAUUUCCGUGUAACCACCACCUCUUAAAUGCACGCUAAUAAGCCCAAAAAAUGCGAUUUCCAUUGCGACGCAACGCGAAUGUCCUAGACACGCUCCUCACCGAGACUCUGCAAAUAUUGGUGGUAUUCAGCAUAAUGGGUUGGCCAUUUAGUGGCAUGCAACAGUGUGAAACCAAGGGCAUGAGUGUGGAACGUGUACAACACCAACAAUUGAGUAAACAGCAGCAGCUUCAACAACAACAGCAACAUCUAGAAUUACAUUACCUGCACCACUUCCAACAACAACAACAACAAGAGAAAAUGCAUAAGCUAGCGCCGCACACACUCCAACAACGCACACAAACCAUAGGUGGUGAACCUUCGCUAGAAUUAGUAUUCCGACACGACAAAAUGGAAUUAAUGACCACAACUGUAUCUCCUGCUAGAUUCUCCCCUCAAACAGCAUCCUCGACAAUAUCCUCGCCACCAUCGUCAUUAUCCUCGUCGGUGCCAUCAUCAUCAUCAUCAUCAUUAGACACGCAUGACAUGCACUACGCUACACCAAUAAUUACAAAAAAUUAUCAACACAAAAGGGCGCCCAUAAGCGCUGCUGACGGCGACGCGGCGUAUAUGCAACCCAUAACAACGACCGCAUUAACGGCUAACGAAGCCACUGCUCGUGUCACUGCUACCGCUCCGAUGAUAAGUGUUAGCGUUGCAACUGGUGUGGGUGUUGAGCCUACGGACAUGCGAAUUUAUCCAGUGCGAGCCUCCUCCUGGGCCCUGCACGCGCUGCAUCGGGUUUCAAAGGACACGCAACAUAACGGUGUUUACGCACAGCUUCCGCCUGUCAAUAGUGACAGCGCCAACGAUUCACAAGAGAUCGAUAAUAUGGAUUACGUCAUGUCGGAACAUAUUGCUUCGCUGGCGCAUACGACAGACGACGGCGCAACGAGUGUAAGCGCGAGUGCCGCACCGAGACUCACAGCAUACACAAAUAGUAAUAAAAAUCAUAGUAAUAAUAGCAACAACAACAACAUAAAUAUCAACAGCAACAAUAGCAGUAGUAGUAAUAAUCAAACACAGGACGAUUUAAGGUCCUUAUCGUUGUUAAGCGUAAGCGACCAUAAUAUGGAAAUAUCGGCCAUGGCACAGGAAAUGGCGGUGGAUGCGUCCUUGACAUCUUCCAGUUCAGCCUCAGCAGCAGCACCAUCAUCAUCAGCAUCAUCAUCAUCGUCAUUGUUUUCGGAGUCCGCGUCACUAACGGCGGCUGAUCGAACAGCCAGCGAUGCAAGUGGUGCCGAUGAAAGCGCAAAUACCAUUAACAACAACAAUAACAUGCAACAUCUUGGUACCCAGCGCAUUGCAUUGAAAACGACGGCGAAAACAAAAACAACGCUAGCCACCGAGCAUCAGCAAAAUGCGGCCAAGUUACAGGCGAUUACAACUGCCGCCACCGGUGGCGCGACCGGGCGUCAGCGUGGCGCAGCGAAAAAGGUGGAGAGCAAAUAUAUUCUGCCUAAACCGCAGAAGACCGAUGCGCCAAUGCUCAACUACAUUUUCGAUACAUUUUCGACGGCGAACAAGCAUCAUCAUCACGAUCAGAGAUAUGGACCGCACUUUGAGGACGUGCAGCGCGUGGGACAGCCAACGAAUAUGACGGUGCAGGCGGGUAGCAGCAUACAUUUGAAUUGCAGAAUUUCGCUGCUGCAAGAUAAGACUGUGUCCUGGGUGCGUCGCAAUGCACAGGGCGAAAAUGCACUCGACCUGCUGACGGUCGGUCUGCACACAUACACGGGCGAUAAGCGCUAUAAAAUGGAGUUUCAAUAUCCCAACAAUUGGCGGCUGAAAAUCAUGAACGUGAAGAAGGACGACGAAGCGAUGUACGAGUGUCAGAUAUCGACGCAUCCACCGCGAGUGAUACAAAUUAAUCUCUUCGUUAAUGCACCGAAAGUGAUGAUUGUUGAUGAGUUCGGUGAUCCGCUACAGGAAAAAUAUUACGAAAUCGAUUCAACAUUGCAGCUGUCAUGUGUGGUCCGCAAUGUCGCCAUGGCCACAUCGGUCGUGUACUGGAAGCACGGCGUCGACGUGCUCAACUAUGAUGUGACGCGCGGCGGCAUCAGCGUCAAGACGGAGCUGAUGGACGACGGCGCCAAUUCCACACUAUCCAUAGCGAAAAUCAACAAGUCCGACUCCGGCAACUAUACGUGCGCAAUUAGUGAUUUCCAAAACUUCAGCAUAGUCGUACACAUAUUGAAUGGUGAAAGUUUCGCCGAACUGCAUCACGGCGCCGCAGCACCCACGGUUCCUAGCGCAUUCCACCAGCAGCUGGUCGUGCAUUGCGCGUUGCUCAGCUUGUUAUUGCUGCUCUUGCUGCUGCACGCCCCACACCAGCCAUACACACUCGUGCACAGGUAAAAGUUACUCAAUUAGCCAAACGGGGUAGUGCAAACGAAGUCCUAACCAACAAGGCAAGUAUGCAUUGGCGGAAGCGUCAACUGCCUGGCAGGCGGCGGGGGCUGGCGAGCCAACACGAGCAGUGUUAUAGUUGAAUUUUUAUAAUUUCACUAAUUAAGUAACUUAAGUAAAUUAAUGUGACAUUUAAUUGAAGCAAUUAGUUAACGAAGCGAUAAUUAAGACAACUUACAUACAUAUAUACAUAAAUACUUAUAGUCAUGUUGUAUAAGAUAGUGGACAAAAAAUUGAAUUUAUACAGAAAAUAUGAAAAAACAUGUAAAAGUUAAUUUAUAUUCAUGAUCAGUUGUGUGUUUGUGUAUGCAUCGGGGAGUGGGUGAAACCACAAAGUUCAUUUAUUAUAAAUUUGAAUCACAAUUUUUAUAAAAACCAGUAGGCACACAUACAAGUAUGUAUGGUAUGUAUGCAGAUAUAUGUGCUUGAAUAUGCAAAGCAUAAAAUAAUAGAAAAAAUAACAACAAAAAAGCAAAUCAAUGACGAGAAUUUGCUUUAAAACUCGAAUUAAAAUCAAAAAUCGACUAAAUGUUACGCCAAAUCCCUGCAGAAUCCAAACAAUUUAAGUUGUUGCACAAACAGUUCGCCACCGAGCGCUGUCGAGCAGCCAGCCGGGUGAAAUAUUUUGACAAUUUAUGCACCCGAAGGGGAUUAAUGCAAAUAAUCGUUGCAUUAUUCAAGUGAAAAAGUCAAAUAUAUGCACUGAAUAUUCCAACUGGAUGGCAGCACUGGAAAAAUAUCAAAACGAACCAAAUAAAUAGCAACAAACCAACAUGCAACUAAUUGCAGCGCGAAAAACUGUAAAUAACGGUAAAUACGCGCAUAUGCAGCGCAUGUGAAAUGCAAAAUAAUAGAGUAAACAGCAAAUUGGUGAUGUUAUUGUGUGCAAAAUGCGAAUUUGAAUGUGUUAUAUUAAGUAAAUAAAAUUUAUAAUUGUUAAACAAUUGUUUUGAGGUUAUUUUUUUUAUUGGUAUUGCAAAAAAAAACUGCAUGCACAUAAUUUCCAGCGAAUAACAGUUAAAUAAAUACCGCAAAAGGCAAGCAAAUAUUAAUUAUUGCAUUAUUUCUAAAGCUUAAAACUGAAUUUGUUGCAAACGAAAAUAUUCAUAUUAGAACCACAGGGUUGAGGUAAAAUCAAUGCCUAGAAACAACUUGUUAUCAGUAUGGUACAUUUCUACUUAUUAUAUUUCCACUUUCGUUAUAGGAACUCUGUUGGCUUCUCAAAAAGCUUGCUAGCUUUCUCAACAAGAAGGUAGCGAGCGGAGAAGAGAAAGAAAAAAUUUUUGUCAGAGCGGUGAUGUUCAAGGGUAAAAACUUUCGUUUUGUUUGGAAGUGCGUAUAUAAAAUUCUUGAGUUCUAAAUCUUAAAAAGCUGUCUGUACAAACUACUUAGAACAUCAUCAUCUUACCAAUUUACGAACAGAGAGAGAAGUAUUCCAUUAAACAAAAAGUAUUUUCUGUAAGCUUUAGGUGUGGUAAAUUAAAAAAAAAAAUCAACUUAUUUUUGGAAAGCCGCCAUUUUGUCAAAAAUCAAAAUUUUGACUAGUUCUUCGAUCAUUACCUACAUUUAUCUAUAAUAACAAUAAAAUGUUUGCAAUUGAGAUAAUUUUAAUCAGAAGAAUCUUCCAUACCACCAGUCACCUUUUUUUUGCAGGUUGUCCUGAAGAUCGGCUGUAUAAUCAAGGGAACCCAAAGAUUUUGAAAAUGAAUUGCUGAUUAUUACAGUAAAAUAAAUCUUAUAAAUGUACAUUAUUUUUAUUUAUUUAUAAAUAAAAUGCCUCUUCAAUUUUUUCUGACUUGCAAGUGGAUAACCCCUUAAGCACUUUAUAGAAGAAACGAGCUUUCGGUGUUUUCUGGUACUAAUUUUAAGACGAUACAUUAUAUUGCUGAUGAUUAUUUUACCUCUUAUUCUUCCUUGCAAGACAACCUGGGGUGAUCCAUUGCCAUUUCUUUUUUGAAGAAUUCUUAUUGUCGCUUAGAGAAAUUUAUAGGUUUGAAUAAUGAGAUGGAUAAAGUAGACACUGCGCCAGUAUUAAGCUUUCAUUUAUAGAUAUUUCAAUAAAUCUUGAUUCGUGUUAAAUAUUUGCAGAACUCUUGCAGUCUUUAAGUAAUUCUUAAAUUUUUUAAUUGAGCCAUCUGUUCGAAUAAAAAUCGGCUCACAACCUUUGCACUCCAAUAAAAUACCACAAUUCAUAAAAAAGAAUGCAAAAUCCGGGCAGGUAAAUUAUUAUUGUUAAAUUCAGUGAGUAAAUGUUAUUGCGGUAAAUGUGUGCACACAUACAAAUACAAAUCAAUUCCAUGCAACUGUAGGUAAAUUGUAGUUUAAAAACGAUUGAGCAGUAAAAUAUUGCCAAUGAAACAAAAAUUACAGUUAUAACUGUAAGGGAAACUUAUGUAUACUGAGUAAAGAAUAUAUUUUUUAUUUAUCGAUAGGGAAGUUAACACAGACAUAGUUAAAUAUACAAGCAUUUAUGAACAUAUGAAACAUUACAUCCACACAUACACAAAAAAAAACCGAACUUGCAUUUGUAUAUAACCAACAUUGCAUGUUGAUAAAAUUUAUAAGAACUCUAGUUAUAAAAAGUACGAAAUAAAAUUUCUCCUCUAUAAUAAAAUACAAUAUUUAAGCUGAAAAUAGUUAAGGCGUAGUGUAAGAGAGAAUGGAUGAUGCGUUUACAAAACAAUAAUAAAAGUCGACUUCAAAUUAAAGAGAUAGCGCAAGGCAUCUUAAUAUAGUGAUAAGAAGAACGUUAUAGUGGGUUCGAGCUAAGACACAAAAUAAAAUAAAAUUAAAUAAAAACAGCAAAAACCAAAAAAUUUCUGUAAAACAAAAAUAAUAAAAAAUGUCAAAAAGAUCAAAAAGCAAAAUCCAUAAAUCUGUAAGUGUCUGUAGAUAUAAACCAAAUGAUUUGGCAAAAUUAAUAUUUUGUUAAACUAACACAGAAGCAACAUCUGCGCAUAUAUACAAACUUAAAAGGUAAAUAUAAUAUGAACUGAGGGCAUAUUUUUUUGACACUUGAUGUGACAACGAAUUUAUGAAAAUUUUUAUGUAAAUAUAUUCAGCCAUUUUUGUUUUUAUAAUUUUACGCAAAGCUGCCACACUUUUAAAUUUAAAAUAUUGAAAAUUAAAUUCAAACUAAAAUGAUGCAUAUGAUUUUGCAAAUAAGCAGAAUUUGUCUUGCUCUCUCUCUCUCUAGUUCCCUCUCACACUCUAAAAAUAACGAUAAACCGGCAAUGAAUUUCAACAUUUGAAAGCCGUAACGAAAAUAAUUUACAUUAGUGUAUGUGAAAUACAUAAAAUAUAUAGUUAUAAAAAUAAUGAAAUGCAUAUGUAAACAAAGAAAUGGAAAACAAAAGAAUUGAAUUGAAAUAAAUCAAAAAUAGAGUAUAAAUUAUAAAA